AUGACUUCACGCCCUCCUACGGAAGGCCAACUGGCCAAGAACUUACCUGGAUUGACGGCGUACAUCACCGGCCAUGAUCCCACCAGCGGCGACACCAAGAUUCAGGAGAGACGACCAGCAAAAUGGCAAUCUAUCGACAGUGGUGGCAUGACUUUCAACGUCCCUUAUACGACUUCCGAGUUUCCAGUGUCAAUGAACGGGGAUAUCGACAUAAUCAAGCAUGAUCAGAGACUGGGAUCUGGGCAGAUGGGCAUUGUCAACCCCGGCGGCACCGUGCUGCGUUUUGUCGAUUUCGCUCCCCAAUUCGAGUCCAUGAUGCAUCGAACUCGCAGCUUGGAUUAUGGCAUUGUGGUUGAGGGAUCUAUAGAGUUGAUUCUAGACUCGGGCGAAAAGCAGCUUUUGCAACGGGGAGAUGUCUGCAUUCAGCGAGGCACAAACCAUGCAUGGAGGAACCCAAGCAAGACUGAGUGGACGAGGGUGGCCGCCGUUCUUGCCGCAGGCUUCUUGCUAUAUGUCUUGCUCUAUGUUGGGAGGAGAGGCCGCAAUUUUCCAGAUGGACCUCCCACGUUACCGGUGAUAGGAAACUUGCAUCAACUUCCCAAGCAGAAAGUAUACCUUCAAUUCACCGAGUGGGCCAAAAAAUAUGGAGGAAUGUACAGCCUCAAACUUGGACCGGGCACAGCAGUGGUUUUGUCCGACCGUCGAAUCAUCAAACAACUUCUGGAUAAGAGGAGCGCCAUUUCCAGCGAGCGUCCGGCCAGCGAAGUGAGCCAAAGGAUUAUCACCGAAGGCGAUCACCUCCUAUGGAUGAACAAUACACCAGCAUGGCGAUUGAUGAGAAAGUUGAUCCAUCAAGAUCUCACAGAAGCCAUGUGCAACAGAGAUCAUUACAAGAUCCAGCAGGCGGAGUCUGUGCAAAUGUUACAUGAUAUGCUGCAGUCUCCAGAUGAAUGGAUGCGACAUCUGAAGCGAUUCAGCAACAGCAUCAUUACCACUAUAGUCUACGGCAUCCGCUCCCCGUCCAUCGAUGCUCCGUACAUCAAGAGGCUUAACGAGCUGCUGGAGAAAUGGGCUAGAAUCAACGAGUUUGGCGCCACUCCCCCAGUUGAUAUUUUCCCCUUCUUGAAACUCAUCCCAGAACGAUUCCUAGGGAAUUGGGUCACCCGAGCCACAGUGGUCCAUGACGAAAUGCACGCACUCUAUAAUCAUUUACGAGAAACCGUCCUCAAGAGACGAGAAACAAUGGGCUCCAUGGACACAGUCAUAGACCGGCUCCUUGAUCAACAAGAGAAAUCAGGCUUGACUACCCACCAGAUUACUUUACUGUCCGGCGUCACGAUCAAAGGAGGAUCAGACACCUCAGCUUCGGUGCUUUCGUCCUUCAUGCAGGCUAUGGUGACGUGGCCCGACGUGGCAAAGAAAGCGCAGGCUGAGAUAGAUGCCGUGAUUGGCGAUGAUCGGGUUCCAAACUGGUCAGAUUAUGAGAAGCUACCGUAUGUUGCGGCUAUCGUCAAGGAGAGUCACAGAUGGAGGCCUGUGGCUCCUCUCUCGGUUCCCCAUGCUCUUUCCGAAGACGAAUGGAUUGAAGGCAAAUUCUUGCCCAAAGGCACAGCAAUUUUCCUGAACGUAUGGGGACUGCACCACGAUGAAUCCAAAUUCCCUGACCACGAUGUCUUCGACCCUGAUCAUUACAAAGGCCGCACGCUGCUGGCAUCCGAGUAUGCCAAUUCCGCCGACUACGAGAAUCGAGAUCAUUAUGGUUAUGGCAAUGGUCGCCGGCUGUGCCCAGGUAUUCAUCUUGCAGACCGUAACCUCUUCCACGCAAUCUCCAAAAUCCUUUGGGCUUUUGAUAUUGAAAAGGCCACGGACCCAAAGACUGGCAAGCCUAUUAUCCCUGAUACCAACGUCGUCACCGGCUACCGAGAAGGUCUCACUGCUUGUGCAUACGAAUUCCCUUGCAAGCUCACCGUGAGGUCAAGAGCCAAGCGGGAAACCAUCAUGAAGGAAUACGCAGAGGCCAAAGCGAAUGUCUUCCCGCAGUACGAGAAGACCGGCACAUUCUAA